AUGGCACCAUCCAACUCCACACCAUUUGAGACAGGCCACGACGCCUUUGGGCCCCAGGCGCCUAGUCCGAAUCAGUUUGAUUUCAGUCCCUUAUUCGAAUUUACAAUAUUUUCCAUCUUGCCUUCUGCUCUGUUGCUGGUCUUGAUCCCCGUUCGAUUGUGGUCACUGUACGGACAAUCACACAAAGUCUCCCGUAGCUUCCUACAGAGCAACAAGCCGGUCUGA